CUUUGUAUAACCAAUCACGCUUCUCUUCAUCCUAUUGUCCUUUUCUUCCAAGAACAAUCCCAUCUUCUAUAAAGCAUCUCUCCCCAUGAGUCACCAUCCAUUUUCCACUUAUAAAAUUGCUAGUCCUCGCUUUCCUAGCACUGUGCAAUCCAUCCUUAGCUCGAGACCGACGGAUCGAAAAAGCCAUGGCCGCUCCUCUCAAUCUCGCCCCCAACUUCUUCUUCCUCAUCUUCACCGUGGCGCUCCUCUACGUGGCCUACACGAUUCCUAGGCACCAGCCGAGAGAGACCAACCUGGUCUUCUACGUGCACGACUACCUGACUGGACAAGACGCGUCCACUGUGACCGUGGCGGGGAAGGCCGGGCCACAGUCGAGCAUCCUGCACUUCGGGACGGUCCUGGUGGUCGACGACCCGGUGACCGAGGGGCCGACCAUCGAGUCGCGGGAGAUUGGGAGGGCGCAGGGGAUGUACGUGAACUCGCAGCUGGACGGGAAGGGGCUGCACCUGGUGUUCUCGGUGAUCUUCACUGGCGGGGAGCACGAGGGGAGCACCCUAGAGAUCCAAGGGGCCGAUCUGUUCUCAAUGGAGGAGAGGGAGUUCGGGAUCGUCUCCGGGACCGGCCAGUUCAGGUUCGUGAAGGGGUAUGGGGUCAUGGUCACCGAGUUCAUGGACAUUGCCAAUUUGAGAGCCGUGCUCAAGCUGAACGUAACAGUGAGGCAUUACUGAAUAUUGAGACGAGUCAAAAUUACAGAAAGAUGUCGGAUCUUGAAUUUUUAUAGUUUCUUGUAAGAGAUCAUACAUUUUCUUAUUUUUGAGUUGUUCUUCUUUUUCAGUUUGGAGCUGUCAAAGGUUAGGAUGUUUUUGUUCCUUUUUGCAAUAAGAAA